AUGGCGCAAAACAGCAUCUACCAGCUGAUGAUCCAAAUCAUCUUCUCGAUCGUUUUAUCUGUUGGUUCCGUCUCGGUGCUCUUAUUUUUGACGAUACUAAUCUACGGCUGGCACAAGUUCAGAGAAACGCCAUUCUAUCAAAUAGUGCUCGCCCUAGCCGUUGUGGACUGUAUUCAUAUAAUUCUGCAAUGGGUUCAAAUCUAUCCGAGCUUAUUUGCCGACACCGAUAGUAUACCGUUCUAUCAGUGGCUAGCGGCUUCAUUUAUUGGGAUCUACGGGCUCGAUUCAACGGACCAGGCGCUUUUCAUCUUGGUCACCCUGAUCACGCUGAAUCGAUUUGCUGUGUUUAUUGCUCACCGGAUGCAAGUGAUCUUCACAAAGCGUAUCAUGCCGAUCACAAUCACGAUCUCACUACUACUCCUCCCGGCAUUGAUCGCGCUUCGUGCGGCUUCCGGCAUGAGCAAGCAGUUCGACCGCACCCAGAUGAUGUACACGGAUUCUGGGCCGGCCAAUCGGACGCUGGGCAGCUCGGUGACGGAGAUUAUUCAAUACGGGGUGCCCGUCAUUAAUCUGGUGCUUUAUGUGAUGAUCUACUACACAAUUAAGAACCAGAGAUUCGUCAACAUGGUCCAAAGCAGCAUCUACCAGUUGCUGAUCGAGAUAAUCUUCUCAAUCGUUUUAUCGAUCGGUUCCGUCUCGGUGAUAUUAUUCCUGACGAUACUUAUUUAUGGCUGGCACAAGUUUCGAGACACACCAUUUUAUCAAAUAGUGCUAGCUUUGGCGAUUGUCGAUUGUAUUCAUAUAAUCCUGCAAUGGGUCCAGAUUUAUCCGAGUCUAUUUGCCGACACCGACAACGCGAAACGCCUGAUCGGCCGCAAGUUCAACGACACGGCCGUGCAGUCGGACAUGAAGCACUGGCCGUUCAAGGUCACCAAGGGCGAGGCCGACAAGCCGAAGCUGAACGUCGAGUUCAAGGGCGAGCAGAAGAGCUUCAGCCCCGAGGAGAUCUCGUCGAUGGUGCUGACCAAGAUGAAGGACUUUGACAACCGGAUGGUCAACCACUUUGUCGAGGAGUUCAAGCGCAAGAACAAGAGGGACCUCACUACCAAUCCGCGAGCCCUCCGACGUCUCCGAACUGCUUGCGAACGCGCCAAGCGCACGCUGUCCUCAUCCACCCAGGCGUCCAUCGAGAUCGACUCCCUCUAUGAGGGCAUCGACUUCUACACCAACAUCACCAGGGCGCGCUUCGAGGAGCUGUGCGCGGAUCUGUUCCGCUCGACGAUGGACCCCGUGGAGAAGUCGUUGCGCGAUGCCAAGAUGGACAAGUCACAGAUCCACGAAAUCGUCUUGGUCGGAGGGUCGACGCGAAUCCCGAAGGUGCAGAAGCUUCUCUCCGAUUUCUUCUCCGGGAAGGAGUUGAACAAGUCGAUCAACCCGGAUGAGGCUGUGGCUUAUGGAGCUGCUGUUCAGGCCGCCAUCCUGUCCGGCGACAAAGAUGAGACCGUCCAGAGCCUGUUGCUCAUCGACGUCGCCCCCCUGUCGCUCGGAAUCGAGACCGCCGGUGGAGUGAUGACGCCGCUGAUCAAGAGAAACGCCACCAUCCCCACCAAGGCCACCCAGACGUUCACCACCUAUGCCGACAACCAGCCCGGCGUGUUGAUUCAGGUCUUCGAAGGUGAGCGCGCCAUGACCAAGGACAACAACCACCUCGGCAAGUUCGAGCUGUCCGGCAUUCCGCCGGCUCCUCGGGGCGUGCCCCAAAUCGAAGUCACCUUCGACAUCGAUGCGAAUGGAAUUCUCAACGUCACCGCCGCCGACAAGUCGACCGGCAAGCAGAACAAGAUCACGAUCACGAACGAUAAGGGACGAUUGUCAAAGGAAGAAAUCGACCGCCUCGUCCAAGAAGCCGAAAAGUACAAGGACGAGGACGACAAGCAGAAGGAGCGCAUCGCCGCCAAGAACAACCUCGAGGCGUACGCCUUCAACUUGAAGCAGACGAUCAACGAUGAUGCGACAAAAUCGAAGCUCUCCGCCGACGACCUGCAGCAAAUCCAGACGAAAUGCGAGGAGACGCUCCGCUGGCUCGACUCGAACCAGACGGCCGAGCAGCACGAGUUCGAGGAGAUGCAGAAGGAGCUCGAGCACGUCGCCAACCCCAUCAUCUCCAAGAUGUACCAGCAGGCUGGUCCUCAGCAAGGAGUAAAAUGCUCCGAAGCGGAAGAACGGUUGAUGAUGGACGUUUUCCGGGGGUAUAAUAAUUUAGUUCUGCCAGUCCGAAACCUCACCCAGCUUCCGAUAGUCGUCAAUGUCGCCAUGCAGUUACAAUUGUUGAUCAAUGUGGAUGAGAAGGAGCAAAUUAUGCACACCAACGUCUGGGUGACGAUGAAAUGGACCGACUUCCAGAUGAAGUGGAACCCGGCAGAUUACGGGGAUAUUCAGACCAUUAGGGUAUCGCCUGAUAAAGUCUGGAUCCCAGACGUUGUCCUUUUCAACAACGCCGACGGCCACUUCGAGGUAUCUUUUAUGUGCAACGUGGUCAUCGAAAACAACGGCUCGAUGUUGUGGGUACCGCCAGCCAUCUACAAGAGCUCCUGUAUUAUAGACGUCGAAUACUUCCCCUUCGACGAACAGAUCUGCUACAUGCGCUUCGGGUCUUGGACGUACAAUGCUCAAGAGGUUGUGCUCGAUUUUGUCUCCAUCCCUGGGGCUGAUCUCUCAGUGUACCUCAACUCUUCCAUCUGGGACAUUGCGGAUGCGCCAGCCACUCUCGUGAAAAAUCGUAGUCAGAUCGAGUUCCAGAUCCGGAUACGAAGAAAAACCCUCUUCUACACUGUGGUGCUGAUCAUCCCCACGGUCCUGAUGGCCUUCCUGUCGAUGGCCGUCUUCUUCUUGCCAACUGAUUCAACCGAAAAGAUGACGUUGACCAUCUCCGUGCUGCUGUCCAUCGUCGUGUUCCUGUUGCUCGUCUCCAAGAUUUUGCCACCGACCUCCAGCACGAUCCCGUUGAUGGCGAAAUACCUCCUGCUCACCUUCGUCCUGAACGUCAUCACCAUUUUGGUGACGGUGAUCAUCAUCAACGUGUAUUUCCGGGGCCCUCACACCCAUCGGAUGCCCUUUUGGGUCCGCUGGUUCUUCAUGGAGAUUCUACCCCACUUCAUCUGCAUGAAGCCACCGAAGACGUUGAAAAAGCAUGAGAAGAAAACCAAGUUCAACACAGCCCUCGCCGGUAUCGGGCAGUUCACGAUGAACACAGCCGCCCACCAUCCGUACUGUGCGAACGCCAGUUUGAGCACUCGCAUCCUCGCCACCACCAACGACGCGAUUCCGCGGGACCCGCAAACGGCGAUGUUCUACCCCCUGACGCCGGAGGCGAUUAAGGCGAUCGACGCCAUCGAGUACAUCACGGAACAUUUGAAGGACGAAGAGGAGAAUAAAGUUCACCGUGAUGAUUGGCGUUUUGUGGCGAUCGUUCUGGACCGGUUGAUGCUGUACAUAUUUUUUGGGAUCACCUUCGGCGGGACGAUCGGCAUCCUGUUUUCGGCGCCCAACGUCUUUGACGUGGUUAACCAGCAGGCCGUUGUCGCGCGCUAUAACCCGAACAACUACAAGGACCGAUCGUUUGUA